ACGUUCAAGGUUUCUUUUCGGCUUGUCAAAAGUCAAAAGCUACGACCUUGACUCAAAUGGUUGAACCACCCACUUAAUAAAGGAAAACCACCAAUACUAGAGUGAAGAAGACAGAGAGAGUCAUUGUCAUCGAAAUUGCAGAGAAGAAGCUCUGUUAACAUUUAUCUGUUUUUCUACAAUCCGCAUGUCCAAAAUCCCCAGCUUUAUGCUCUUUAUUCAUCUUUGUUGCCCUGGAUUUCCUAUUCCCACUUUUUCUCGCCUACUUUCUGGCGGAGACAUCAGUUACCCCAGAAAAGCCAAGUAAAUUUGAAUUCUUUGCCAGAAAAUCUUUUACUGUCUAGUUUCUAAUUUUGUUACUAGGUGGAUUUUGGUCGUGUGUUUUUGAUUUUGUUUUGUUUUUUUAUGAUUUCAUUAUCUCUUGCUGUUUGUUUUUAUAUAUGAGCGUGAUCUAUUCUCCAAUGUUGAGUGGAAUUUUCUUUUUGGUAUUGUUGAUUGCAGCAGUUGUUGUAGUUAUUGCUUAAGAACUAGGGUUUAAUGCUUUGGGUUUUAGAUUGUGUACGUUUGUAUUUUUUUUACUGGAAAACCUUUCUCAAGUGUUAUGGGAUUUGUUCAUGGCAGUGGGUGUGAUGAGAUUUAAGAGGAUCACAGUUUGCCAGAUUUUCUUUUUGUCCAAAUGAUAAAUUUCUAUUCGCAUGGUUAACUGUUCAUCUCAUCUUCAAGGCUUUUCUUUUGUUGCUUUUUGUCUCUCAGUAAUCUUCAUGACUUCAUCUCUACAAGCCAUGUUAGAAUGAUUGAAUAAAUUGAGUUGACAUGAUUUAUGCUUGACUCUCUCUCUCUCUCUCUCCCCAUAUCUGUGAAUGUGCUUAAUUUCAAAAAGCCUAUUUUGCUUCCUACAUUAGAAGCCUCUCUUUUGUACCUUUCCAAUUUUCUUCCUCUGGUUUUUCCUUUUUAACCAGAGUUCAGUUCAGCCCAAGUCAUGGUUUCUUUGUAACAGACCUCAUAUAAAGUUUCAUGUGACCUUCGCAAGGAUAUGAUGUUGCUGGUUUUGCUGGAUUUUAUUUGAGCCUUAUUCAAGAUUUACAUUGUUUAUCAAUUCAUUUGUCCUGUUUUCCUUCUCCGUUGAUGCACUACUGUCAAUCUAUCAUGCCAACCUAUGAAGCAGAAGUAGAACAGCAUAUCAUUGCUGCGACUCAGCAUAUCCUGAAAGCAUUAGGGGCAAGUAAGAACCUGAAUGAUGAUUUUAAAAGAGCACUUACCGAGCUUGAUUCCCAUUUGUCCACAAUGACUAUGAUAACUGAAAGCAAGGGAGGGGGUUUUUCUGAGAUAGAGGAACAGCUCAAACAUGCUGAGAGAAAGAUUAUUCGUUGGGAGUCAGAUCCAUCUUUUAUAUGGGACUCUGGCCCCACGGAAGCUAUCGAGUAUUUGCAAGCUGUCAAUGCGAUUCUAACGGUGAUAGAAAGUUCAGGAGGUCUGUCGUUAAGUGAAAAUGGGAAGCCCAGGGAGAUUGCUUUACAAGCUAAGCAUGCACUGCAGAGAGCAAUGUCAAGACUUGAGGAAGAGCUAUGCCACAUUCUGUUUCAACAUAAGCAAUAUUUUAAGCCACGAUAUGUUUCGUUUCAUUCAUGUGCAGAAGAUGUGUUUUAUGAUAAGUCAUUUACUUCUUUGGAAGAUGAAAUAGUUGAGGAAACAUCCCAGAGAGAUGGGGAAGACAGAGAAUCUGUUGAAUGUUCUCUGGAUUUGGUUGAUCCCCAUGUGAUUCCUGAAAUCAAGUCCAUUGCAAAUAUUAUGUCUGCUUCCAAUUAUAUUCAAGAGUUUUGUGAGGCUUUCAUUGGUAGCCGGACAGAAGCAUUGUAUGAAUACUUUUCCAUUCUUGAAAUAGAGAAACUCAGUAUUGAGGAUGUUCUGAAGCUGGAAUGGGAUAGCUGGAACAGGGAAACCAAGAAAUGGAUGUGGGCUAUGAAGGUCAUCAUUAGAGUGUAUCUUGCUAGUGAGAAACGACUUUGUGAGCAGAUAUUGGGGGAUUUUGGUUCUGUCAAUUCAUUUUGCUUCAUUGAAAUCUCUAAGGCUUCAGUUUUGUGCCUCUUGAAUUUUGGCCAAGCAGUAGCAAUGGGACCUCAUAAGCCUGAGAAGUUAAUCCGGCUGCUUGACAUGUAUGAGAUUAUGGCAAAUCUUCACCUAGAGUUAGACAGUUUAUUCUCUGAAGAUGAUGGUUCUUUUGUUAGAAUCGAGUACCACAAGCUUUUGAGGAGAUUGGGUGAUUAUGCAAGGGAGACCUUUAUGAGAUUUGGGAAUGCCAUUGCAUCUGAUGCAUCUUUACACCCUUUCCCUGGAGGUCGAAUUCAUCACCUCACAAAGUAUGUGAUGAAUUACAUGAGGCUUCUCCCAGAUUAUUGUGAUACUCUCAAUUUGCUUCUUAAGGACCAAGAUGCAGAUGAAUCAAAUGCUGUUGUUGAGAUUGAUAAUGAGCAGGACUUUUCUUCUUCCACUUCUUGCCCAAUGGCUUGCCACCUUCGAUCGAUUACAUCCACUCUAGAAUCCAAUCUCAUUGGCAAAUCCAAAUUAUACAAGGAUGAUUCUUUGCAGUUUGUUUUCUUGAUGAACAACAUCCAUUACAUGGUCAAUAAGAUCAAAGACUCUGACCUCAGGCAUUUCUUUGGAGAUGAAUGGAUCCGAAAACAUAUUGGGAAGUUUCAACAACAUGCUACAAGCUACGUGAGAGCUACUUGGAGUUCAGUUGUUUCUAUGCUUAGAGAUGAUGGAAAGACGACUCUUAAAGAAAGGUGCAGGAGAUUUUGCCUUGCUUUUGAGGAGUUAUACAAAAACCAGACACGCUGGUACAUUCCAGAUCUUCGGCUCCGGGAAGAUCUGCAAAUUUCAAUUUCACAGAAAGUAAUCCCAGCUUAUAGAAAUUUUCUUGGGAAUAACAACAGCAAUGUUAGUGACAAGCAUGUUAAGUACGCUACAGAUGAUUUGGAGGAACUGCUCUUCGAUCUUUUUGUUGGAUCACCAAGAUCACUGCGAAAUUCGCGCAGGAGGUGAAGUCUCAAUGCUGUUGAUUUUCAACCAUUUGUUGCUCAUUAUUGUGUUCCCCUAGCCAUGUAAUUAUUUUCAUAGAUGUAUAUUAGAAUUAUCAUUAGCCCGUUGUCAAAUUUCUCAAGUCAAAUUUGAUUGUAGCCUUGUUACAUGUACAAUUACAUGUACUUUUCUGCAAUACUUAAAUUGUGUGGAUUGAUGCAAUUA